AUGCGUGGUACACUGUUGUUCGGCGCCGCCGUUCUCAUGUCUGCUCUCGAAGUGCAGGCGCAGAACAUUACCACACCUGAUCCUGAGGGCUGCGUUGAUCCGACUGGAUUUGCAUCAUGUUUGACGAAUGCCAACACUACUGCUAUCCAAUGCGCCAAUCAACCCAAUGCUAAUGUUACCGCUUGUGACGUGCAGGAACUCGUUGAUGAGAUGCUCUGCUACUAUGGCAGCUGCUGGAACAAGGUGUAUACUUGCGCCUAUCAAUACCUCACUUCCGAGUACCUCCUCGCAAUCAAUCGAGACCACAUCCAAAGCGCACCUUUUUUCCCUGCACCUGCCAAUGCGCCUGACGGCUGCUCUUGCAAUCUUGGCAACUCAUUGAUUAACGCUACCUUGAACCAUGACACUCUUUACACCUGCUGGGCUAUGAACAACCAAACCCAAUCACAUGAAUGUCAAUGCUGUGUAUACAGUGCCGCUGUGAGCGCGUCAUACGGCAUAUGUCCGGGCACAGACAAGAAUAUCCUUGGUGUUCCAAUCUUGAUCCAAGAGGGUCAGGCGAAUAUCGCUGCCAAUGGCUCUUGCGAUGCUCUCACUUACGAUGUCUGCUACGGACAAUAUGGCAUUCCCACAGCUGAUAACGGAACAUACGUGGAUGUCAACAAUCUUCCGCCAAACCAGACUCAGGCGCUCAGCAACACUCCUGGAGCGACGCGACUCACCAGCCCUCCGGGUGGCGAAACGAUGACCGUCACUUUCUUAAAUAAGACGUACACGGUCACAGCUGCGCCAUAUCAUGCGACUAGUGUGGCUGCUACAACAACUGCUACGAAAACCGGACGCUGUAGCAGGGUGUCAACUGCGUCCCACUCACGGGUAGUCAGCUCAACAACACAUACAAGGUGUUCGACAGUGGUACCCACAAGAACAGCUGUUAAACGUCAAGUAUAG